ACAUUUCUUCUGGUAAAUGCGAAAAUACUAUAUUAUGAAAUGCAAUAAACACACAUUUCUUUGUUUCUUAAUUUAGUAGUGGUUCGUCGCAUUGUGAAGUUAACUGUGUCACUUACAACUAACAAGUUGGACAAUUUCUAAGAAUAACAAGUUUUAAAACAAUAUACUGGAACAUAAUAUUCUGAGGAAAAUAAAAUAUUAAUAAAAUUGUGUCACAAUGGAUAGCUUACCUUAUUCGACUUAUCAGAUGACAAAUUUUCAGUUCCUUUCUGUAUGCCACUACAUUACCAGUUUUGGUAAAAUCUUUUACAAUCUGAACUUGAUUACCAAGGAAAAUCAAAACGAUUCUGUUUCUGUAUUGAACACCCUUUUCGAAUACAUUAAUAAUUCGGAGAAUGAAUAUGUGGCAAAACUUCAACUCAUUGGAAAAGUAUUAAACGGAAGUGAUCUCUACGGCGGAAGUGACAAUGAAACACUUGACAUGAAAUAUGUGGAUGACACAUUUCAGUACAUCAUUAGUAGUGCUUUGUUCUCACACUACGGAAACAUUGACGGUUAUUUGGCUUCCAUAAUUAAUCAAACAGAAAACAUUACCUAUUCGGCACUUAAGAAAAACGUAUUUUAUCAAUUAUCGCAAAAUUACACCACUUACGAUUAUUGUUCAUCAUCACUCGUUAAUCAUCAACUCACAAAUUUGACAAUUAAAAAAGUGUUCAAUGAACAUGUUUGGUCAAUGUUUCCAGAACCGGAACAAAAUAUGAAAAUAAUGAAUAUUAAUUACAUAUAUGCAAUGAUUGGUUUAAAAAUUAUUCGAUCCAUUCAAGGUGAUACAAGAAAUUUAAUUUUUGAGAAUUAUAUUCUAUUAGCGAAAUUAAUUGAAUUUCAGAUUGAGAGUAAUGAAACGUUUCAAGUAGCUGUGAAAUUAUUUGCAACACCGGCUUUAUUUUUUUACGCCUUUGGACAAAAGGGAAAAUUAGACGCAGGGGCAAUAUUGUAUAGGAAUGAAAAAUUUUUGCAAAUGAUAAUAAUUAGGUUUAUAAAUUUCCUUAACGCUUGCCACGGAAGAAUUCUUUUCAAUGAACUUAAGAACAGUCUGUUUGACAAAUUGAAUAAAGUUUUUACAACAUUUGAAAACACUGAUGUCGCAGAGUAUCGUAAUACGUUCUCGAACGAAAUGUUAGACUUUCUUAGAGAAGUUGAAUUCAAUUCUUUAGAACAGCUAUUAGUAGAUGGUAACAUAAAGGAAAAGAUUAAAUUAAAUGUAACUUUGAAAUUAUUAUAUAUUUUCCAUCAAUCAGUAAAUUGUAGAGAAUGUAUUCCUGGAACAAGUGGAAAAUACGGUGGAAUCUUUAUUGUAUUUUCAAUAAUUAGAAAUGGGAAACUGGAUUUCUAUGUUCUACGACAGGAUAAUAAUACUUUGACUUUACUUUCAAAUAUAAGCAAUAAACAGAUUUUAAAUUCUGCAGCAUGGAAUGAUGUGUAUUCUGGAGAGGGAUAUCAAGAUUAUUAUAAAGAUCUUCAUCAAUCUUAUCAUAAUUAUACAAUGUUCAUGAAAGUUAUUGCUAAAGUUGUAGGUAUUAUUCAAGCAAAUAUUUUAUUGCAUUCUGAAAAUAUUAUUUCUAAAGAAGAAGCACUAGAAAAAGCAAAAUCUUUUCCUCCAUUUUAUACAUGUCUUGAGGGUAUAAAAUCCGAUAAUUAUACAGAAAGUGUAAUUUGUAAACCAGUUUUUAAAAAUCUUCUUCUAAUUCCUGAAGUUGGGGAUAACAUCUUGUCUACUGUGUGGAAAAGUAAAUAUACGGAAACAGGACAACAAAGUUUAGGAAACAUCUCAAAAUCAAAAAUUAAUUAUCUAACGAUAUUAUUCCAUGUGAAUGACAUAUACAUAAAAACAAUGUCGAAUUUUUUUAUUUCUAUUGAUAGAAGAAAAUUCAUUAUUGAUUCCAGACAAAUAUUAAAACCUGGUUUCGAACUGUCAUUACAAAUCUCUAAUUCCUGCAGUAAAAUGCUUCGAGGAAUUAAGCAAGCACUCGAUUCAAGCUUUUCCAGCUACCCCAAUGUAAAAAAUCUUCUUUCAACAAUGAAAUUUGCAAUUUAUUUAUUAGACAAGCAUGCAGCACUAAAUCAUAAUCAAAGAGGACUGAUCUUUAGAUAUCUUUAUCCCGGAGGUUCAAAUUAUUUCGGACCUUUAUGUAUAUCUUCAUUUGGAAGAAUUGCUGAAUUUAGAACUGUCAUAAAAAUUCAAUACAAAGUUCCCGUCAUUCAUAACCCUCUGCCUACGCUGACUGAUCUCCAAUCUUGUGCUUUUGAUUGUAAUUCCAAUUGUCCCGACCAAGCGACCGAAUUGUCGCUUCUUAUCGAUGACAAUUACUUGAAUAGGCAAACUGAUAAUCAAAGUAGCAACGACAACUACUACAAUUUGUACAAUCCGAAAACAGGAGAAAUAUACGAAAUCAUCUUUAGAAUGCAAGACAAUAAUAUUCUUCGAUUAUUAGGGCAAUAUAGUGACGAAGAUUUUCUGAAAAUAAUAGAUUUGUCUACUUUUUAUGCAAAUUAAAUACUGCAAAUGUGUUUCAUAACAGAUCAGAAAAGAUCACUCUGAAGGAAAGAAUUAAUUUACUUGCUAUUCAAAAUAAUUCAUCGUUAGUUCUUAACCCUUCUAAUAAUGUUGUCAGUGAGAAUGAAUUGUAUUGUAAAAUUUACAUUAAUUAAU